GGAUUCUACGCGGUCUGUGACCACAUUUUGCAUGUCCGUUGUACGCAGUAAAGCGGAGUGGUUUAAAAACUGGAACUUGAAGAGAUGUUAACAUUGAAGUUGGAGAAGAAUGAAAAUAAGGACUUUGUGGAAUUGACCUUUCUAAACAUUCUUAACAGGGUACAGAGGUCAUAGGGCAUGACCUUGAGGUUGUCUGUGAAAACAUAACUCAUCAGUAUGGUGGUGACUCUACAAAGUAUUAUUGCUAUUUUUAGCAUUUAUGUUUUUGAUGUGAUCCGACCCUGUGGAUCAGCACCGACAAAUUACAGCACGACAACACCAACACCAACACCGGAUGUAGCAAAUAACAAGUCAGAUGAAGGGAUUCAGGUGGCCGGGUUGGAUUUUGAAACGGUUAAAUCUCCGCUGGUAUAUACAGUUGUUGUUCUGUUAGCAGGGCUGAGUAAAAUCAUUUACCAUUAUGCAAACUUCUUAUCAGCAAAGGUGCCAGAAUCAUGUAUGCUGAUCAUUUUGGGGACCAUAUUUGGGGCAAUAAUUCAUUUUUCAGGGGCAGCUGAGCACUUACCACUGUUUUUUGCACCUCACGCUUUCUUCCUGUUUCUUUUACCUCCAAUUAUACUCGAGGCAGCAUACAGUCUUCAUGAUCCAACAUUCGCAGAAAACAUUGGGAGUGUUCUGCUUUUUGCUGUUGUCGGAACAGUUCUGGCAUGUUUCAUGUUAGGUCUCACUUUGUAUGGAUUGGCCAUCAGUGGUGCUAUGGGUGUGUUACCUAUGCCAAUGUCUCUAGUUCAGAUUCUUGUCUUCUCGUCGUUAAUAGUAGCAGUGGAUCCCGUCGCAGUUCUUGCUGUGUUUUCAGAAGUCGGUGUCAACCAUGUUUUGUAUUUUCUUUUAUUUGGAGAAUCAUUGCUCAAUGCAUAUACGCAUCAAAAACACCCUUCCCCAUCGCGAUUUGGUAAAGCUAUAGCCCUCAACGUGCAGCUCACUCACCACUUCAUAAUCCUCACAAUAACAAGCAACCACAGCAUUGAGAUUGUUCUGGGUGUUGUUAAGUUCGUCAUCGUGUGUCUCGGUGGUUUUAUUCUCGGUGUGCUGGCAGGAGCCGGUACGGCAAUUCUCACACGGUUUACCAGCAAGGUCAAAGUACUACAACCACUUGUUAUAUACACGAUGGCAUAUCUCGGCUUUCUUCUUGCUGAACUCUUUGAAUUCUCGGGUAUUAUCAGUCUUAUUAGCUGUGGCUUAACUCAGGUGCACUAUGCCUUCCACAACAUCAGCGACCAUUCCCGAACAACUGUGAAAUAUUUCACUAGAACUAUGAGUUCUGCGUGUGAGAUAGUGAUAUUCAUGUUUCUCGGUCUGGCGUUGGUGAGAGAGGAUCAUGUGUGGCACACGGGCUUCGUACUGUGGACCGUGUUGUUCUGUCUUCUGUACAGGUUCAUCAUUGUGUUUGGGAUGACAUUCCUUAUCAACAAGCUGGAUGGUGACAGAGUGAGGAAGAUCGGACUUGAUGAACAGUUCAUGAUUUCAUACGGGGGCCUGCGAGGUGCGGUGUGUUUCUCGCUUGUGGCUCUUCUCAACGAAGACGAGAUUCCCAUGAAGAGUAUGUUUGUGACGACCACGCUCUUCGUUAUCAUGUUCACAGUGUUUAUUCAGGGCAUUACUAUCAAGCCUUUUGUGAGGUGUUUCCAGGUUCAACUGGCACCAGAGAAACACUUCAGUAUGUCCAAUGAACUCAACUCUCAUGUAAUUGAUCAUUUGAUGGCUGGUAUUGAAGACAUUAUUGGAUUUCACGGCAGGUAUCAUUUCAAGGAACUCUUGGAGCAGUUUGAAGAGAAACACGUUCUGCACUGGCUGCAGAAAGAUCCACAGAGGAGAGACACGGAGAUCAAAGCUUUCUAUGAGAAAGUCAUUCUCAAAGAGCAUUACCGCUACCUGAAGUUGAGUGGAGUCAAGGCGUUGCCUUCAUCAUCAAACAUACCUCACAUUGCCACGGAGAUGUACCUCACUGACAUGGACAAGACACAAACAGAGGAAAUUCCCACCGAGGAACCAAGCAGCGAAUCGUCCGACCACAUCGUUGUCAUUGAACCCAUGAGGUUGAGAGCGAACACAAUGGAUCCUAAGAAUCUACGCAGUUUGUUUUCUUCUCAGCUAGCAAACAGACUGUUCCUGCAUAACGUGUACAACAGAAGUCUGGUGAUUGCGGACCCUCAAGAACACCUGUCGAACCGAAUCCAGGCGAAGGCGAAGAGAAACCACUACCUGGAGCGGACCAUCUCUGAAGAAGACAGAAACGGACACCGACGGCCUCGGUCCGCCUCCGAACCGAAAGUCUCCCGCAAGAACCCCAAGAAGAGGAACCGAACCGUGACGAUAGACCUGGGAGAGUCGUCCCGACACAACUCGUAUUUCACGCCCAGGUCAGAUCUCGACUCGCCUGGUACGGACAGCCUCCCGGAGUACAACGUACCUCCCAGCACCCCAGAGGCAUCAACUGGAGGAACGAAUGUGUGCUUUUGUAUGGAUGAGGAUGAUGAUGAUGAUGAUGAUGAUGAUGGGAGGGAUUUGGUGGGUGAAUUUUCGCGGCACGGAGAGCUGACAAGACAGCCCUUUGUGGAACAGAUACCGCAGGAAUUGGAUGAAGAUACCAAAUUGGAGUCAAAUUUUGACGAUACAAGACUUUAGAAAUACACAGACCGAUUCUUUUUGGGGAGGGAACAGGCAAAGAGAUACAGGUAAUAAGUUGAAUUCCCUUUGUGGAAAAGAUACGGCAGGAAUCGGAUGCAGACACAAAACUGGACUCCGAUAUUGAAGAUGCUAGACAUUAAAAAGCUGGGAUCAGUUCUUUUGAAGGGAUAUACCUGGGUAAUAAUGUGAAUUACUGGAUGCAUUUUAUUUAUUUUGUUAUUUGCAAAGUAAAAAAUCAGCCAUUUUUUGAAGAGAUAUCACAUAAAAAAACAUCAAGACAUAAAAAUGACAAUAUUACAAUAUUAGUUAUAUAAGAGUUUCAAAAGCAGAUGUGGUAGUGUUGGCAGUUGCUAGUGGGAAUUUCCCUAUUAGCUCAGUUGGUAGAACACUGGACUCUCAUACUGAGAGUUCAUGGUUCAAAUCCCCUGUGGAGGUUAAUUUUUCUGUUACACAGAUAUUUCAUUUCAAGGGAUAUUAACUAGGUAUGUGGAAUAUGGUCAAUUAUAGCAUUUUUUUUAAUAUGCAGUCUAUAGAUGAAGCAACAUUUUUAGAUGAAUUAUCACAUGAAAAAAAGAUGAAAUCACAAAAAUGCACUUAAGAGAACAUACUUUUUCAAGGGACAUACUGGGAAAGGAGAAUUAAGUUGGGUUAAAGAUUUAUAGAUAUAUUUUUUAAUAUGCAGGCAAAAGAAGAAGAAGGCUUUUGUAAAGACAGAGAAAUGCAUAUAGAUGAAUAAGGGUGAAAACUGACAAAUUUAAGUUAAUUUUUUACAAUUUUUUUAUCUCUCAAUUUGAAAGAUAAAUUUUUAACAAAAAGUAAUUCAGUAUUUUAUUUAAAGUAAAUCUUUACAGAAAGUGACAGGGUGUGAUACAUAGUUAUUUAAGUUUAUUUAAAGUAAAUCUUUACAGAAUUUGACAGGGUGUGAUACAUAGUUAUUUAAGUUUAUUUAAAGUAAAUCUUUACAGAAAGUGACAGGGUGUGAUACACAGUUAUUUAAGUUUAUUUAAUUUUAACACAAUUUUGUUAUAGCUGCAAUAUAGGCUGAAAUACCUCUAACUUCCAUUGUUUUUUAUUAAUCAGCCACAUUCUGCUAAGCGCACAACUUUAUAAAGAGAUGAUGUUUUGAUAUGUCUUCAUGUGAUGCUUAAUAUAUGUUUUUUACCAUAUUAUGUGCACCCUUUUUACAUCAAGUAUAUUGCCUUACUAUCCACAUCGUUCAACAUAACCGAGUUAAUAACAACCGUACGAAGCACGUGUAAUAAGAAGUGUAAUGACGUAAUUUUUGUGAAGUAACAUCAUAAUGCAACGUUCUUUAUGCAG